UUUCUUUCUAUCCAUCUCUCCCUCCCUCUAUUAGUCUGGGCCUUUUCUCUUUCUCUGCGUAUCACUCCUCCCAUUCCCACCACAAUCUCCCUUCAGGUCAGUGGGUAUUAGUUCUCUCACAGGGGCAAGGGGAACGUUGGGACGGCAACGACUCCACGACGACAAGCCUCUUUUGCAUCAUUUCCACGACAACGCCCUCUCGGCAGGAGCAUUACCACGGCGACACCCUCUCCUGACACGCCUAGCGGACGCUGUGGGUUGGUUAGCAGGUGCACCCUGCGCAGAGACGGGGAGGGAGGGAGGAACAUAACUAUCUUCUUUCUGUCUCUCUCUCUCUCUCGCUCUCAUAUCUCUCUUUCUUUGUAUCUGAGUAUUUUUGUAUCUGAGCUGGGAUUCGACAACAAAGUUGACGGUCAAGUCAACACUGGAGCUAUGAGACUAAGAUAAGAAUGUGCUGAACCAGAGAACGUGUUGUGUCUCUCACAAGUAGCUCUGUUUACAAACUCAGGUUCUCAGCUCGCUUGACUCAUCUGGUUGGUUGGCUGAGAGCGUUCAAAUUCUUUCUAUUCUGUGGGAAUCGUUUUGAGCUGGUUGGCCGGUCCGGGGACACCCAGUUACAACGUGACUUGAGUCCACUUGAGGGACGUCACCGACAGAAGGGUCAGAGGGCGACGGUGAGGUCAACGACCAGAGUGAGAGACUGGAGCAAGAAACGUUGGCAAUUGGACCCAACAUGGAGGGGUACGGCUACGAACACUUUGGGGUGGACGCAGAGCGGGACAGCCACCAGAUGGACUACCGGAGGAUCGUAGGGGACACUGAGCUACCCCGGCCCAGCUCCAACCCCAACUCCUCACCCCAAGACGGGGAUCACCUCUUCCGCCUCAGCCCCCAUGGGCAUGGGCACGGACACGGGCAUGGGCAUGAGACAGCCGCCCAGCGAUACAGCGCCACCCGCAUCCAGGCUGGCUUUGGCCCCGAGAGCAUGGCUGAUUACCUGAUCAGUGGUGGUACUGGCUAUGUCCCAGAAGAUGGACUCUCCGCACAACAGCUUUUCUCCGUCGGAGACGGUCUCACUUACAAAUCUGCUCAACAACAGUCUGUUGUCGCCGACGGUCAAACGGCAGAAGAGCUAUGCUCUAAAGGCGACGGGUUGACUUACAACGACUUCCUGAUUCUGCCGGGCUUCAUUGAUUUUACCUCAGACGAAGUGGACCUGACCUCUGCUCUGACCAGGAAGAUCACCCUGAAGACACCUCUCAUCUCCUCCCCCAUGGACACAGUCACAGAGUCAUCUAUGGCCAUCGCCAUGGCGCUCAUGGGAGGCAUCGGCCUCAUCCACCACAACUGCACUCCUGAAUUCCAAGCCAAUGAGGUCCGCAAGGUUAAGAGGUUUGAGCAGGGCUUUAUCACAGACCCUCUUGUGUUGAGCCCGCGUCACACGGUGGGGGACGUGUUCGAGGCCAAGACACGCCACGGCUUCUCUGGCAUCCCCGUCACCGAGACUGGCAAGAUGGGCAGCAAGCUGGUGGGCAUCGUCACCUCCAGAGACAUCGACUUCCUCUCCGAGAAGGACCACAGCCGACCGCUGGAGGAGGCCAUGACUAAGAGGGAGGAGCUAGUGGUGGCCCCAGCCGGUGUCACCCUGAAAGAGGCUAACGACAUUCUACAGCGGAGCAAGAAAGGCAAGCUGCCCAUCGUGAACGACAGUGAUGAGCUGGUGGCCAUCAUCGCCAGAACAGACCUGAAGAAGAACAGGGAUUACCCCCUGGCCUCUAAAGACUCUCGCAAACAGCUGCUGUGCGGAGCCGCCAUUGGCACCAGGGACGACGACAAGUACAGACUGGACCUGCUGAUGCAGGCUGGGGUCGACGUGGUCGUACUGGAUUCCUCACAGGGCAACUCUGUGUAUCAGGUCAACAUGAUCAACUACAUCAAACAGAAGUACAGCGAGCUGCAGGUGGUGGGAGGGAACGUGGUGACGGCAGCUCAGGCCAAGAACCUGAUCGAUGCAGGAGUGGAUGCUCUGAGAGUGGGCAUGGGCUGUGGCUCCAUCUGCAUCACCCAGGAAGUGAUGGCGUGCGGGCGGCCUCAGGGCACCUCUGUGUAUAAGGUGGCAGAGUAUGCUAGACGUUUCGGCGUGCCAGUCAUCGCCGACGGGGGCAUUCAGACCGUGGGCCACGUGGUCAAGGCUCUCUCACUCGGGGCAUCGACAGUGAUGAUGGGCUCAUUGCUAGCGGCGACCACGGAGACUCCGGGGGAGUACUUCUUCUCGGACGGCGUGCGGCUGAAGAAGUACCGGGGGAUGGGUUCUCUGGACGCCAUGGAGAAGAGCACCAGCAGCCAGAAACGCUACUUCAGUGAAGGGGACAAGGUGAAGGUGGCUCAGGGUGUGUCCGGCUCCGUCCAGGACAAGGGCUCCAUCCAUAAGUUUAUCCCCUACCUGAUCGCUGGCAUCCAACAUGGCUGCCAGGACAUCGGCGCCAAGAGUCUCACUGUUCUACGCUCCAUGAUGUACUCUGGAGAGCUGAAGUUUGAGAAGAGGACCACGUCCGCUCAGGUGGAAGGAGGAGUCCAUGGGCUUCACUCUUACGAGAAACGACUUUACUGAUGGAGGGGCCAGAAAGAAGCGGACUAGGGCCGCCCCCGACGUCCCCACCCCCGUUGUGACCAAACGUAACCACCACAUCUGACACCCACCUCAUCACUCACCCUGCCGAAACCCCACACACCCCACGGGAGAGGUCUGGGGGUGAACACCUGCAAAA